AUGGCGGACGACGACCGCAUCGUGUUCCGCAAGCGGGCGCGGGGCGGCGCGCGCGACGUGCGCCGGCGCGAGCUGGACGCGGGCGCGGACGAGAGCAGCUCGGCGGUCGUUGAUAAAAGGGCGCGGGUGGCGGAGAGCGACCGGCCGGCGGCGACGCGCGCGCCGGACCGCUUUGGCGAGCGCACCGUGCACGCCACCGAGCGCGCGAGUGGGUCGGCGCAGAACGCGAAUGCGAAUCAGGACGACGCGACGCGCGGUGCGCACGAAUGGGACGUCGAGGAUGAGCUGCGGCACUUCCGCGAGGCCGCGCCGGCGGACGGCACGUACCGCGGCCUCGCGAACUACGCGAAGUUCACCGAGACGCGUGACGACGGCUCGUCGGCCAAGUUCAAGGCCAAGGGGCCGAUCAGGGCGCCAGCAAAUGUGCGCACGGUGACCGUGGUCGACUACCAGCCGGACGUGUGCAAGGACUACAAGGAGACGGGGUACUGUGGGUUCGGCGACACAUGCAAGUUCCUGCACGACCGCAGCGACUACCUCGCCGGCUGGCAGAUGAACGCGGUGGGCGAGGCAGCGGACGCGCGCGCGGGCUCGUUUGGCGCAGAUGUCGAGAGCGACGACGACGACGACAUUCCGUUUGCGUGCCUGCUGUGCCGCCAGCCGUUCACGGAUCCGAUCGUGACCAAGUGCGGGCACUACUUCUGCGCGCAGUGCGCGAUUACGCGCUUCGCCAAGACGCCAAAGUGCUUCGCGUGCGGCGCCAAGACGGAGGGCCUCUUCCAGUCGGCGACGCGCGUCCUCGAGCGCAUGCGCCAGCGGCAGGCGAGCCGCGCCGAGGCACGCGCCGAGCACCGGCGCAUGCACGGGAUGGACGACAAGAACGAGCUUCUGGACGGCGUCGUGGUCGAGUAG